AUGAGUAUUCAUUCUAAGCUUUUCUCAUCAUUAGUUAGAAUAGCGCCUAAAUUUGUUGUUGGAAGAAGAUUUUGUUCUGUGAGGAAUCUUGGAACGGAGACGCGGGGUAAAGGUUUUUUGAGCAUAGGUGCGAGGGUUGAUAAUAAAAGAUCUUUCGGUAUGACGACACGGGUAUUGGAUGGAGUUGGAGGGGGGGAAGGGGAAUGGGAAGGAAAGAGAGUGAGAAAAUUUGCUCCUUUGGGGGGUGAGGGGAUGAGUAGGGAGGGGGAGGAGGGUGUAAGAAAGUUGAGAGGAAUCAUUUUUGAUAUGGAUGGGACUUUGUGUGAACCUCAGACCUAUAUGUUCGGCCAGAUGCGUAGUGCUCUAGGAAUAGACAAGUCUAUCGAUAUCCUAGACCACAUCUAUUCUCUCCCUGUAUCCGACCAAGAAGCGGCACAUGAAAAAAUCCGAGCCAUAGAACGGGAAGCAAUGCCUCCAAACCCUCUUCACCUACCUCUCCACCCUUACUCCCACCCUCCCUCUCGCAAUCCUCACCCGCAACCAUCCACCCCCCGUCCACCAUCUCCUCACAACCCACCUCCCCAAACCCCCUUCUCCCCCAUCAUCACCCGCGAAUUCCGACCUCCGAAGCCUCAUCCCGCUGGAAUUCUCCACAUCGCAAAAGAAUGGAAUGUGGAUCCCAAAGAUACGAUUAUGGUGGGCGAUUCGAUCGAUGAUAUGAAAGCUGGGUUUGCAGCCGGAGCGGCAACGGUUUUGUUGGGGAAUAGUGUUAAUGAGGAGUUGUGGGAACAUGAGUGUACGGAUUUAGUGGUGAAGAGGUUGGAUGAGUUGGUGGAGGUGUUGAAGGGGGGUUUGUGGGGAGGGUGGAACGGUAGAUGA